AUAAUUGUGGGAUUCCGUAGUAAUUGUGAAUGUGUUGUAUCGUGCUAAAUUCGAUUAAAAAAGCCGAAUAUAGUUACUUAAAUCACAAAAACAAUUCCAAAUGGCAAAUCAGAAGUUUCGAUUUCGAGCUGGGUGUAUCGAUUAUGGCAGCAGUUACGAGUUCUUAGUAGCAGCUUACUAUGGGAUUCACCUAAGUCUUAGUAAAGACGUUAGCGACUUUAAGCUAUCAACAAAUAACAACGAUUUGGGGAAUUUUGAUGACGUGGUCCUUGAAAUUAAAUACAAAGACGGUGAUGAACAUUUGUAUGCGUUACAACUGAAGCACAGCGGUGCUAAAGAAGAUAAUAUAUCUGUUCACUCCUUUGAAGCACAGAAGGGAAAUUUUGGCUUGAAAAAAUAUUGCAACGGCUUUAAAGACAUCGAAGAAAUAUUCAAAAGUAACCCUUCUGAGAUACCGUUCGAAAAAUUUCACUUUAUUUUGUACACGAAUCAAGUCUUACCAAAAUUGAAAAACAAGAAUAAAGAAGCGGACGAGUUGAAACUGACCAAUUCUACGAUUUACCGACAUGACAAUUGUGCGGCCAGAAAUCUGCUAAAUUUGAGUAAAGCCGACAGUUUUUUCAUUUACAAAUUUCGGGACACAACAGAAACACUCGAUGCAAAGUUUUUGGAACGAUUUUAUCUCUACACCAAGCAAAAAGAUGCCCAAGAGAUGAAAUGUCUCAUCAGUAAAACCAUAUUUUCGAUUUAUAGAAACAGUGAUUUGAACGUGGUCACUAACUACGUCAACUUUUUCAAGUCUUGGUGGAGAGGAGACUACGGAAAUUACAAACUUACCAAAAAGGACAUCAUGUUGAAGCUGUCUGAAUACAUCCUCACUCCACACAUUCCCGAACCUGAUUUAAAAUCACUUGGUUCCAAAAGCCACUUGUUGGACCAAGUUUUAGAACCGUUUGAUUUAGUUGUGCUUGAUGAUGAGACCAAGAAUAAAAUUUGGGCCACCAUUUUGCCCAAACAUUUCCAGAAAAAAAUGUCAUGGACACAACCAAUUACUAGUGACGAGAAGUUUUUUCCUGAUGAUGUUAAAGUACCCAUUUCGGCACAAGGUGAGAACUUUGUGGACCAAAGUUUGAAAAAAAUCUACACGAUUUUGUGGCACCUGGACAAGGUGCCCUUGGUUAUCAAAGUGAGUGAUAAGUACAGACCGGCCAUUUAUGCAGCGAUAAAACUGUCGGAGCUUUAUCAAGACAAAAAGAAGUUUAUUUUGAUUGAUGAUAACUUCGCGGGGGACGAGUUCAGUGAAGAUUUGAAAAUUUUACACACUUUGGGUGAUUUGCGACUUUUGGAAGAAACCCAGAUUUACAAAGAAUUGAGAGUUUCCCUUCAAGGACGUGUUACUGUUAACAUUGAGCAACUGACAAACGUGGACAGGGUUUUGUUUGGCAAAAUGGUUCAAAUGGAGGACAGUGAUUUUUUAAUUGGUGAAAACUGUGCCAAAAAUUUACCCAAAUGUUAUGUGAACCGACGAGUGCCGAAACACUUACUUACCGCACCUUUUAUUGACACCCUUGAAACCGAUUUAUUUAUAAUUAGCGGUUUGGGAGCUAAAAAACAACUUUGCAACGCAACCACUUGUAAUUUAGACAAAUACUUAAUUUUGAAACAAAAUGAUGAGCAUUUUUCCACGAAAUGUGUGCUUACAACUGACUCAUGCUCGAAGCAGCAAUUUCAAUUAAUUUGUCAACUGAACAGGAGCAAAAACUGCCAUCACUUACAAAUUAACUGUGAUGGAAGAAUCGAGUGGAUGGAGACACAUGGGAACAUUCAUCGUUUGAGGCCUUAUCUAGAAAAAGAAUUUGACGAUAGUGACUAUGUUAGAGAUGUUGAUGUUUUGAGUUAUUUCACCAACAAAAUUAACAUUAUUUGUGGAGACCCGGGCUUGGGAAAAUCAGUGUUUUUAAAUUUUAUGAGUUACAAGUGUUUAGAAAAAUGCUGGAUCCUUCGAAUUAACCUCAACGACCAUACAACUUUUUUCAAAGGCGAGCACAGUCUGGAGGAGACGUUGCAAUAUUUUGUGGAAAGUCAAAGUAAAGACGAGUUUGUUAAAAACGUAAUCUGUGCCUUUCUGCUGGAGAAAAAUGUGAUUUUUUUGUGGGACGGAUUCGAUGAAGUGCCUUCUACGUGCGUUCCUUUUGCAAUUUCUAUAAUAAAAAAACUAGCUGCUGAAGAGUAUCGUCAAUGGAUUUCGGCACGAAGUAACACGAGAUAUUUUCUUGAAAAUACGUUUAGCGUCCUUUCCUUGACCAUCGCCCAUUUCAAUGAAGAGGAACAGAAGGAAUACAUUUACAACAAUUUGAAGAAUAAAUUUGAUGGAGAGAAGAUCGAAGAAAUGACUGCAACUCUUGAUGAAAUCAUGAAAUCGUCUUUACUUUGUGGUUGUUUUAAUUACACCGGAGUGCCCCUUCAUAUCCACAUGAUGAUGGAAAUUUUUUUGAAAAAUCCGCAAAAAUACAUGCAAGGUGUUAAAAUAUUCAGUCUGGCUGACAUCUACCAGGAGUUUAUCGAAGGGAAAUUCACGUAUUUCUUCCAGCGAGCAAAAGUUAAAAACGACAAUCCUCUAAUGCAAAAAAUUCAACAACAAUUUCAAAACACACGACUGCUUCAAUACGAAAUUGCAGCCCUGAAAGCAUCAUUUGAUGAUGAAACAUUUUCAACACUUGAUCAAGACUGUGGAACGUUUCUAAAAGAAAUAGAAGCCAGGGAUAACGUGAGCCUCAUUGUGGGUUUCAGUGACGAAAAGAAACCGAUUUUCACACACAAAACUUACGAGGAGUUUCUAGCAGCGUCUUGGUUGUCGAAAAACUGCCGAAACUAUCCACAUUUGCGUGAAAUUUUAUUUGAGGAAAACUACAAGAAUAUAAGACUGAUGUUUGAUCUGAUUCUGGCUAGAGAUAGCCCAGUUCAUGUCGCAGUGAUUUAUCGAAAUUUGGCAGUUUUAGAAACGUAUCAGGGGGAAGUUUUGAAGUGUCGAGACCUUGGCGGAAGAACCGCUUUACAACUUGCUUGUUCUUGGGGAAAUGAAAACCCGCCUGUGAAAAUUGAACACAGUGUAAUUUUUGUGGAAGAUAACGACGAAUACUCGGUACCAGAAGACAAAAAUGUCAAAAUUGUCGAAUUUCUGCGUAAAAGUGACCCUUUUGAAAAAGACAAUUUCGGUUGGGACGCCGUCGACUAUUGCAACAAAACGUUUGGUCUUGGAUCACUUGAAGUGAUUCUAUCACAACAUCGAGUUGAACUUUCGCGAAUGAAUAACUUCAAAAACUUAGAUUUCCUGUACUACAGUGUCAAGUAUAAUUAUCGGAAUUUGUUCAACCAGUUGCAAAAUUAUCCAUAUUUUGAAAUCAAAGUCAAUGGAAGCGAGCCUCGUACUUUAUUACAGUUUGCCGUUCAAAUGAAUCGCUUGGAAUUGGUUAAGGUGUUGCUUAAAACUCCGCAAUAUCACAAAGUAAUUAAGAAACCGUAAAAAGAUUUGGGAAAAAAAAUUUGACUUUAGCUUCCUGCAACGGUAAUUUAGCAAUG